CUUUUCUUUUCACUUAGGUGGUUCCGUCCUCGUUCUUUUACGGGGAGUAGGCCAUUGUUAGAUUUUGUUAAUUUUGACCUUGCUAGAACUAUCAAGAAACAUCCAAAAUGGUGAAUUUUACUGUAGACGAAAUUCGUACAAUGAUGGACAAAAAACGGAAUAUCCGUAAUAUGUCCGUCAUUGCACACGUAGACCACGGCAAAUCUACAUUAACGGACUCUUUGGUAUCAAAAGCUGGAAUUAUUGCAGGCGCUAAGGCAGGAGAAACAAGAUUUACUGAUACACGAAAAGAUGAACAGGAACGUUGCAUCACUAUCAAAUCAACUGCCAUUUCUAUGUACUUUGAACUUGAUGAUAAAGAUUUAGUGUUCAUUACUAAUGUAGACCAACGUGAAAAAGAUGAAAAAGGUUUCUUAAUCAAUUUAAUAGAUUCUCCUGGACAUGUAGACUUUUCAUCAGAAGUAACAGCUGCACUACGUGUCACUGAUGGUGCCCUUGUUGUUGUUGAUUGUGUCUCUGGUGUAUGUGUACAGACAGAAACUGUCUUACGUCAGGCCAUAGCUGAAAGAAUAAAGCCCAUAUUAUUCAUGAACAAGAUGGACCGUGCGUUGUUGGAACUCCAACUGGAAGCUGAAGAAUUGUAUCAAACUUUCCAACGUAUUGUUGAAAAUGUUAAUGUAAUUAUUGCCACUUAUUCUGAUGACAGUGGCCCUAUGGGAGAAGUCAGGGUUGAUCCUAGUAAAGGUUCAGUAGGUUUUGGUUCAGGUUUGCAUGGCUGGGCUUUUACACUUAAGCAGUUUGCUGAAAUGUACUCAGAGAAGUUCAAGAUCGACGUAGGGAAGCUAAUGAACCGUCUUUGGGGCGAGAACUUCUUUAACGCGAAAACUAAGAAAUGGGCUAAACAAAAAGAACCUGAUAACAAACGGUCCUUCUGUAUGUAUGUUCUAGAUCCAAUCUAUAAAAUUUUUGACUGCAUCAUGAACUACAAGAAAGAAGAAACCGAGGCACUUUUGCCAAAGCUGAAUAUUACUUUGAAACAUGAAGACAAAGAUAAGGACGGCAAACAAUUACUGAAGGUAGUUAUGAGGACGUGGUUGCCAGCAGGAGAAGCCUUACUUCAAAUGAUUGCCAUUCACUUACCAUCACCUGUUGUCGCUCAAAAAUACCGCAUGGAAAUGUUGUAUGAAGGACCCCAUGAUGACGAAGCAGCACUUGGUAUCAAAAAUUGUGACCCUAAUGCGCCCCUUAUGAUGUAUGUGUCAAAAAUGGUACCGACCUCUGAUAAAGGACGUUUCUACGCUUUUGGUCGAGUAUUUUCAGGAAAGGUGGCAACUGGUCAGAAAGCACGCAUAAUGGGCCCUAAUUACACUCCUGGAAAGAAAGAAGACCUGUAUGAAAAGGCUAUUCAACGUACCAUCCUUAUGAUGGGACGUUAUGUUGAAGCUAUUGAAGAUGUUCCAUCAGGAAAUAUUUGCGGUCUGGUCGGUGUAGAUCAAUUUUUAGUUAAAACUGGUACAAUAACCACUUUUAAAGAUGCACACAACAUGAGAGUCAUGAAGUUUAGUGUAUCUCCUGUUGUUAGAGUUGCUGUAGAACCCAAAAACCCUGCAGAUUUGCCAAAACUUGUUGAAGGUUUAAAACGUUUGGCUAAAUCUGAUCCUAUGGUACAAUGUAUUAUUGAGGAAUCUGGUGAGCACAUCAUCGCCGGUGCAGGUGAAUUGCAUUUGGAAAUUUGUCUUAAAGAUUUGGAAGAUGACCAUGCUUGCAUCCCUAUUAAAAAAUCCGAUCCUGUUGUGUCGUAUCGCGAAACGGUCAGCGAAGAAUCGAACCAAAUGUGUUUAUCAAAAUCUCCCAAUAAACACAAUAGACUCUUUAUGAAAGCAAUUCCGAUGCCCGAUGGUUUAGCGGAAGACAUUGACAAUGGCGACGUAAAUCCCCGAGAUGAUUUUAAAGUGCGUGCUCGUUAUUUGAGUGAAAAGUACGACUACGAUGUUACAGAAGCUCGUAAAAUCUGGUGUUUCGGUCCUGAGGGAACCGGACCUAAUAUUCUGGUUGACUGUACUAAAGGAGUUCAGUACCUGAACGAAAUUAAAGAUUCUGUCGUUGCUGGUUUCCAAUGGGCUACAAAAGAAGGUGUUUUGGCCGAAGAGAACUUACGUGGUGUUCGUUUUAAUAUCUUUGACGUCACACUACACGCCGAUGCUAUCCAUCGUGGUGGUGGUCAAAUCAUUCCAACGACGCGUCGUUGUCUGUACGCAUGUUUGUUAACUGCAUCGCCAAGACUUAUGGAGCCAGUGUAUCAGUGCGAAAUUCAAUGUCCUGAAACAGCCGUUGGUGGAAUUUACGGUGUACUGAACAGACGUAGAGGGCACGUGUUUGAAGAAGCCCAAAUUGCCGGCACCCCCAUGUUUGUCGUUAAGGCCUAUUUGCCAGUCAACGAAUCGUUCGGUUUCACAGCCGAUCUACGUUCGAAUACCGGAGGACAGGCGUUCCCACAGUGUGUAUUCGAUCACUGGCAGGUACUACCUGGUGAUCCACUUGAACCAAGCAGCAGACCCUACAAUAUUGUACAGGAAACGAGAAAACGAAAGGGUCUUAAGGAAGGUCUACCAGACCUUAGCCAAUAUUUGGACAAAUUGUAAACACCGUCAAUAGAUUAGGGAAUGUACUUUUCAAGAAAUAAAUUAUAACAACAUUA